ACGUUUAAGAAUUAAAACUGAGCAAAGCGCACGCGUGGCGCCACCGGCGGCGAUGAGUCGAGACCCGACGGUUGAGCUGAGCGGACGUGCGCGUGCGACUUGCAGUGUGUGAAAGUACUUUCUAGUGGUUUUAUUUACCUGCCCUAAACUUAGACGCUGAACACCACACGUGGCGACGAGAUUUCAUGACGCCCCAAAAAAUGUCCAGCCUUCCACCAGUUGAACCACUGCAAUGUGACGGCGAUCCCAUGUCACUGGGACUCCGCUGGGAGAAGUGGAGACGGGCUCUAGAAAUAUAUCUUCUUGCGUCAGAAAUUAAAAACCCAGUUAUAAAAAGAGCCACUCUUCUGCAUAUGGGUGGCACAGCCUUGCAAGAGGUGUACUAUAAUAUCCCUGGAGCGCACAUUGAGGGUGCAGAUGUAACAGACUCAACAGAUGUUUACAAGGUAGCAAUAGAUAAACUAAACGAGUACUUUUUGCCUAAACAAAGCAAGGUUUAUGAAAGGCAUAUAUUUAGACUACUUAAACAAGAAACUGAUGAGAGAUUUGAAAAAUUUCUUGUAAGGCUGCGUCAGCAGAGCAAAAAGUGCAAAUUUGCUAAUGGGGAAGACGACAACAUAAUCGAUCAAGUGGUCGAAAAAUGCAAUUCAAUGGAACUCAAGAAAAAAAUCCUUACCUUAGGUGAUGACGUUACACUGGACAAAGUCAUAGCGGAAGCGAAUGCUAUAGAGUCGGUACAAAGGCAGCUCUCGGAUUACGGCAACGGUAGUGCACCGCGUCCCAUUGCGAAUAUAAAUAAAAUUGACACUAAGCGUGAAUUUGACCAAAAUAAAGGUUGCUCACGUUGUGGAAGUGAGAAGCAUAAUGGUGACAGUCCAACAUGUCCCGCCAAAGAUAAAAAAUGCUCAAAAUGCGGGUAUAUUGGACAUUUCAUGGCUAAGUGUCGAACGCGGGCUAGUAAACGUAGGUCGACGCACGCAAAUGGAGGAAAAAUGCCUAUUAAAAAGAUAAAACAUGACAAUAGUGCCAAAAAAUCCGAAAAUUCUAACGACGAUCAGAAAAAGGCAUCAUCCAACGUCAAUUACAUAUUUUACUUUGAUGGGGAUGGUAAAAUUAGAUGCGGCAUAGGCGGUGUCGACAACGUUGAACUUUUAAUAGACUCUGGAAGUAAUCACAACAUAUUAACUGAUAAAACAUGGGCCUAUCUUAAAAGUUGCAAUGUACAGGCUACAAAACAAAAUGCAAAACCAGACAAAACAUUUAUGGCGUACGGUAGCUCGGUACCCUUGACAGUUCUAGGCUCUUUCCAAGCUGUGAUUAAAAUCGGAGCAGAACAGAAAAACAGCACCUUCUACGUUAUCCAAGGCGGGACACGAGACUUACUCGGUAAAGAAACGGCUACAGAUCUUAAAGUCCUCAAAUUAGGUUUGGACAUCAAUGCGGUAAGUGAAUCUCAAAAUCAGGGACCCUUCCCCAAGUUCAAAAAUAUCACACUAGAUAUAGCAAUAGAUAAUACAAUUACACCUGUUAGUCAACCAUGUCGACGAAUUCCAGUACCCCUAGAGGAAAAGGUUAAUAAAAGAAUUGACGAAUUAAUAGAGUUGGAUAUAAUAGAAGCCGUGAAUAAACCAUCCAGGUGGGUGUCUCCUAUAGUACCGGUGUUGAAAAGUGACGGAAGCGUUCGUCUUUGCGUAGAUAUGAGGGUAGCUAACAAAGCAAUUCUUCGAGAACAUUACCCUCUUCCCACGAUGGACAAACUCUUGCCAAAAUUUAGGAAAGCUCGUAUCUUUUCUAAAUUAGACAUUAGAGACGCGUUUCAUCAGAUCGAAAUCAGUGAAGAGAGUCGUCACAUCACUACUUUUAUCACCACACGAGGACUUUUCCGUUACAAGAGAUUGAUGUUCGGCAUCUCUUGUGCACCAGAACUAUUCCAAAAAACACUUGAGAGAAUUUUGUUACCUUGUGAAGGAACGCUUAACUUUAUCGACGAUAUUAUUGUUUACGGUAGUGAUGAAGUCGAACAUAAAGCCCGUUUAGACCGUGUUUUAGAGGUACUUAAAGAAUAUAAUGUAACACUCAAUCAGAAGAAAUGCGUCUUUAAUGCUAAGGUAGUCGAAUUUUUGGGUCAUCAGCUGUCGUCGGAAGGGGUAAAACCUCUAGAUACGUAUAUAAAAAGUGUAGAAACAUUUAGAGAACCCAAAACUAUUGACGAAAUUCAAAGUUUUCUUGGUUUAUUGAAUUACGUUAAUAAAUGGAUCCCUAAUUUUUCAACCACUACUGAGCCUAUUAGGAAACUCUUAAAACUGAAAGUUGGUCAAAAGUCAGACCUAUCGAAAUACUGGGAACAAGAGCAAAAAACAGCUUUUGACCAACUCAAAGUUCAACUCCAGAAUAUAAAAAGUCUGGGUUAUUACGACCCUGAAGAUCAUACUCAGGUAUUAGCAGAUGCUAGUCCAGUUGGGCUUGGGGCUGUACUAGUGCAAAUCGAUGAAAAGGGACCCCGAGUUAUUGCUUUCGGGAAUAGGAGCCUAUCGGAGAUUGAGAAGCGGUACUGCCAAACGGAGAAGGAGGCGUUAGCUUUAGUUUGGGCCGUAGAGCAUUUUCACGUUUAUCUGUAUGGUAGGAAAAAUUUUGAUCUCAUAACGGACCACAAACCGUUAGAGGUUAUUUUUGGACUGAGAUCCCGGCCUUGUGCAAGGAUUGAACGUUGGGUUUUGCGCCUUCAGUCAUAUAAUUUUCGUGUUAUAUACCGCCCUGGGAAAAGCAACAUAGCCGAUCCUUUUUCUCGUUUAUGCCAAUCCACACAUAAUACUCUCGAUUGUGAAGAUGAAUCCCAUAUAAACCAACUUGUUCAAUACGCGAGACCCUGCGCAAUCCCUAUGCAGACGUUGAUCGAAUCCUCUGAAACAGAUGAGGAGAUCCAACUAGUAAAGGAGGCUUUAAACACAAACAAGUGGGAGCCUCGAAUCAUGCAGUAUCGAAUAUUUCAAACCGAACUUUGGACUCACGACGGCAUUCUCCUGAGGAAUGAUAAAAUUGUUAUUCCUAUUAGUCUUAGGAAACAAGUUUUGGAUGCAGCUCACGAAGGUCAUCCGGGCAUCGUAGCGAUGAAAGGUAGAUUGCGCACCAAAGUCUGGUGGCCUAAAAUAGAUAGAGAUGCAGAGGCUAAAGUUAAAAGUUGCCGGGGAUGCACUCUUGUAUCUGCUGGGAAUCCUCCAUUACCGUUAAAAAGACGCCAGCUUCCAGACCAAGCUUGGCAAGACGUCGCGAUAGAUUUUCUUGGUCCUCUUCCGUCGGGACAUUACUUACUCGUAAUUGUGGAUUAUUACAGCCGGUAUAAGGAGAUCAAAGUUAUGAAAUCAAUUACCACAGCAGAUACCACGACAAUGUUGAAAGAGAUAUUUUCAAGAUUGGGUAUACCCAUGACCUUGACUGCUGACAAUGGAAGACAGUUUACCAGCCAAGAAUUUAGAGAUUUUUGCCAAGAAAUGGGUAUUAAAUUACUGAGUACGACCCCUUACACUCCUCAGGAGAAUGGCGAAGUCGAGAGACAAAAUCGGGAUAUCCUUAAACGUCUACAAAUAAGUCAAACUUUAAAGUCUGAUUGGCAGUCAGAUCUCUUAGAUUACUUAAUGAUGUGCAAUAGUACACCCCAUAGCACGACAGGCAAAACACCUGGUGAACUUUUCUUUUCCAGGAAAUUUAGAGACAAGUUACCAUCUAUAGUUCGAGAGAGGAGUGGAGUUGAUGAGGAAGUAAGGGAUAAAGACAUUAUAAUGAAAGAAAAAGGAAAAUCGUAUGAAGACAGAAGAAGGAAAGCUACAGAAUAUGGAAUAGAGGUUGGAGAAAAAGUAUAUGUGAAAAAUAUGACAAAAGGAAAUAAGCUUACUGCUCCAUUCAACUCCACCCCACACACAGUUCUCAGCUCUAGUGGGAAUGAAUAUAAGGUAAGGAACGACGAUUCAGGCCAGGAAUAUAGAAGGAACAUCGUGCACCUAAAAAAAGUUCAAGGCGAAUGGCAAAUAUAUGAUCCAGAAAAACACACACAAGAUGCAGCACUCGACAGUAAUGAGGCGCUGAAAGAUACUGACAAUAUUGAAUAAUCGUGAUUGAAACAAUUCCUUCCAAAUGGUUGAUUAAGUAAAUAAGUUUAAUUUAUGUUACAUUAA